UUGAGUCUUUCCUAUAGCAUAUAUAAGUCGGACUCGCGUUGCUGUAGAUGCAUAGUCUCUCCGCUUUCUUCGCUGAGCAUACAACGCAAACUUGUCCUCAACAUGAAACUGCUGUCGAUGACUGUGGUCCUGGUGGUGGCCCUGGCAUGCCUGGUGAGCUGGACCAGCGCCAUGCCUGAGCCUGACCCCGUGGCUGACCCUAAUCCUGGCUACCGACGUUACGGUGGGUAUGGUGGAUAUGGUGGGUAUGGAGGAUACGGGGGCUACGGAGGUGGAUAUGGAGGAUACGGGGGCUACGGAUACGGAGGAUAUCGCGGUGGCUAUUUCGGAUAAAGAUACUGCUGACGUCGCUGCAUUGAGAACCUUGAUACGGAAACUACAUGACGAUCGAAAAAUCUCUUUUCCUCUAAUUCUCUCUGAAAUAAACUCCAUGAAUGAAA